AUGGGCAACGUGCGCGUGUGCUGCCGCGUGCGCCCGCAGAACGCCAAGGAGCUCACGAUGGCCGCGGCCCAGCGCUGCGUCUUCACGGACCAGGCGACGAUCGAAGUCAAGACGAACGAAGGAAGUCCGCAGAAGUUCACGUUCGACCAUGUGUUCGGAGAAGAGGACAACCAGAAGACGGUGUUUGAGAACGUGGCGCUGCCAGUUGUGCAAGAUAUUAUGGACGGCUACAACGCCACCAUCUUCGCCUACGGCCAGACGUCCUCGGGUAAGACGUACACGAUGGAGGGCGCCAACAUCGAUCACCCCGAGCUGCAGGGUAUCAUCCCGCGCACGGCGACGGAGAUCUUCAACAACGUCAUGAACGCCGACGAGAACAUGGAGUUCAUUGUGAAAGUGAGCUACAUUGAGAUCUACAUGGAGCGCAUCCGUGACCUCCUGGACCCGUACAAGUCCAAGGUGAACCUCCAAGUCCGUGAGGACGCGCAGCGAGGCAUCUUUGUCGAGGGAAUGACGGAGAUGUGUGUGACAAGCGAUGAGGAGCUGCUGGCCGCUAUGCGAGCUGGCGCUGCCAAUCGUGCUGUGGCUGCAACCGGUAUGAACGAGGGAAGCUCGCGGAGUCAUAGCGUGUUCAUGGUGACGCUAUUCCAGCGAAACCUUGAGAACCAGGCCACGAAGGCCGGUAAACUGUACCUGGUGGAUCUCGCCGGUUCGGAGAUGGUGCGCAAGACCGGCGCAACAGGCCGUCAGCUCGAAGAGGCCAAGACAAUCAACAAGUCGCUAUCGGCGCUGGGCAUGGUCAUCAACGCACUCACCGACUCCCACAUAACACACGUGCCGUAUCGUGACAGUAAACUCACCCGAGUACUACAAGAGUCGCUUGGUGGAAACUCGCGCACGAAUCUUAUUAUCAACGUCUCCCCGAGCAGCUUCAAUGCGUCGGAAACGAUCUCAACGCUGCGGUUUGGUAUGCGUGCCAAGUCGAUCAAGAACAAGGCCGUGGUGAACGAGCAACGCAGUGUCGCUGAGUACGAGGCUCUGCUUGCCGCAGCAGAAAAGAAGAUCACCAAACAACAGACGUAUAUUAUUGCGCUCGAAGCUCGACUUGCCGGUCGUGAAGCUCCUGAUGGCGAAGGCGAUGUGGUGGGUGCUGCAGGUGUCACAGCGUCGGAAGAUACUAAGUUUGCUCAACAAGCAGGCAGUGCGGAGGGUAACAUCGCUUCUGCAGACAUCGAGCUAGACUUGUCGAAUCAUACGACAAUAGAGUCACCGCCUUCGCCUUCAGCACGUGCCGGACGUGCGCUAACGGAGCUCCAGGAGAAGGUGACACAGCUUGAAGAAGAGCUGGCCGAAGAGAAGCAAGAAUCGAUGCGGCGCGGCGAAGAAAUUCGCUUGCUCACGGCGAAACUUGAAGAACAUGUGCAGGCGCUUGAGACGCAGCGUGUGCUCUCGGAAGAACUGCAGCGAGUAAAAGAACUCCAGGAGAAAACGCUGGAAGAGAAGAUUCGCCAGCGCGAAACUUUGUACUCGGAGCUUCGCACAGAUUUCGACCGACUCAACUUUGACCACAAGGAGCUGCUGAUCCACUCGGAGACGAUUCAAAGCGAGUAUGACGCGUUGUUGGCAGAAAUGCCGGCGCAAACUGCGGCCGCUGGUGGAAAGCUGGCCGCUGCUGCGGAAAAGAUUGCCCAAGCAGACCAACAGCCGUCCGAGGAGAAGCCACAAGAUACUGCAGGUGAGGGUGCUGCAGAGGGUCAGGAGCAGAUGUCAGGAGACGAAGCGCCGAAGGAGAUCUCAGACGGCACGGAGUCGCAACAGUACCUGGAUCUGAAGGCCAAGUACACGGCGCUCGAAGCAGAGCUGAGGGAAUACGAAAAGGAGUACCUGGCGCUCAAGCACGCAACUGAUCACGAGAAGGCCCGACUCCAGGAGGACAUCGAGCGCAAAGCAGCCCAAAUCCGGGAACUCGAGGCUCACGCUGACCGCGCGGGUGCUUCAACCGGUGAGGGCGGCUCGACCCCUUCGUCCCCAACCGGGAGCGCGACCAGUUCCAGUGGUAUGUCGGCGCGCGAGCGGCAGCACAUGCGCUCCAUCCAGCAGAAACUCGAGCAACUUGUCGCUGUCCACCGACAGUUGCUGCGCAAGUACGCGUCGCUGGAGCUGGAGCUUUCGGAGGCCAAGAAGAAGUUGACCCUUCGCGACGAGCGCAUCAAGCAGGUAGAGGCGAACAACCGCAUCAUGGCCGGCAACAUGCGCGCCCAGGCAGAGAAGCAUGUGGAGGAGCUCACACAUCUCCGCGACCAAAUCGCCGACUUCCGUGGCGCUCAGCGCUCGCACUUCGAGGCGCAGCUGAACCACACCAACGCUGCUCUUGUGGCCGCCAUGGGGAGCGCGGGGGACACGGGCGUCAUUAAAACCCUUCGUGGUGGCUCCAUCUACGGCGGCGACGGCGUGAUCCGGCCAAUUCGUGGCGGUGGCCGACGCAAGACGCAGUUGGGUGAGGCAGCUAUGGGCUCAGCGGGCGUCGUUGGGGUGUCCUCGGGCACCGCCGACGCCGGCGUCCCCUCCUCAGGCUUUUUGACGCGCUUGUUCGGCAAGACGAACUAA